UCACUCCUCUUGACUGUGCACAGACAAACAAAAUGAGGAAGUUUCUGCUUAGUCGUGGAGGGAGAGGCUCAAAGACAUCCCUCCCAUUCCAACCUACUGUGCAGCAGACAGUGUCAGGUUCAUCUGCUCUACUACAAGCCAGUAGAAAUGGUUAUCUUAGUCAAGUGAAGUAUCUGGUUGAGGAAAGACAUGUUGAUCCACAUUCUUGUGAAGAUGAAGCAAAAUUGUCUCCCCUUCACUUUGCUUCUGCAUUUGGUCGUUUAGACAUUGUAAGGUAUUUAGUGGAAGAAAGAAACUGCCACACAGAGUGUAGGAAUAAGUUUGGAAGCACUCCUCUUCAUCUUGCUGCAGUGGGAGGUAGAUUAGGUACAGUGAAGUACCUGAUCAAUGAAGGAGGCUGUGAUCCAAUGUGUAGAGGUAGGAAUGGUUGGACUCCUCUUCACUGUGCAUGUGAGAGUGGCAGACUGGACAUGGUGAAGUAUUUGAUAGAGGAGAAGGACGUCAAUUCCUCAUGUCAAAAUGGGAAUGGUGGCACUCCACUUCAUGUAGCAGCUCAGCAUGCACCACUGGAGGUGGUGAAAUACCUCAUUGAAGAACAACGUUGUGAUGAUAGUGUUAGAAGUACGUUAGGAAGCCUUCCAAUCCAUGCUGCUGCACUGGGAGGUAGGUUAGAUACAGUGAAGUACCUGAUCAAUGAAAGAGGCUGUGAUCCAAUGUGUAGAGGUAGGAAUGGUUGGACUCCUCUUCACUGUGCAUGUAAGGGUGGCAGACUGGACACAGUGAAAUAUUUGAUAGAAGAGAAGAACGUUGACUCCUCGUGUCAGGCUAAGGAUGGCAUUCUUCCACUCCACAUUGCUUCCAGUAAUGGUCACCUGCCAGUAGUGAAGUUACUUGUUGAAGAUUACCAUUGCAAUCCUGGCGUCAAGGACAAGAGUGGAACGACUCCUGGAGAAUUGGCUCAGAGAAAGGGCCAUGUCGAGAUAUCUUCAUACUUGUCAUCCAUGGAGAAGGCCGUCCCUAGUGAAGCUAGUCCCUACUUUAUUCCAGAGGACACAUCAUUACUCAGGGAGUCAGAGGACGCCAGCCAUGAAGAAGUUGAAGAGGACACAUCAUUACUCAGGGAGUCAGAGGACGCCAGCCAUGAAGAAGUUGAAGAAUCGUUUUCCAUAUUUCUCGAGGAGGCAAUGAAGAAAGGCUAUGUGGAGGUGAAGCUGGUGAAGGUGAUAGUAGUGGGUCCUGCAGGUGUUGGUAAAACCUGCCUCAUCUACCUCCUCCUUGGUAAAGACCCACCAGACAAGAGACACAGCACCGGCUGUGCUGAACGAUCAAUACGAGUGAUACGUAUAGGCAAAGAAGGAGAGGAGUGGAGCGAAAUAUCUACUGAAGAGUUCAUGAAGAUGAUUGCAGAAGCAGUUCCUAUUCUCUAUAGUGAGCUUACGGCCACAACAGAACAUCCAGAAGAAGAAGAUAAGAUGGAAAGAAGAGGUGAGUAAAGGAGGAAUUGAAGUAGCUAUGGAGAGUGAACCGGUUGAAGAACACGAGAUAGAGGGAAUGGUCGGAGAAGGCAUGAGUGAGUUUGACAACUUUGCUCAACAUAGUACUGAUCAGGGUAUGGCUAAAGACAAGAGUGAUAAUAGUGCAAAGAGUAGAAGAGAAGUCAUUGAUGAUGUGAUUCAGAGACUUACAAAGCUAGUGGGAAGUGGCAAGACAUCACGUCGUCUACUCGACAUGGAGAUGAUCUACCUAACAGACUGUGGAGGCCAGCAAGCCUACUGGGAUCUUGCUCCAAUCUUCAUGCGUGACACCUCGGCCACACUCUUUGUCCACCGACUGUGUGAGAAACUUGAUGAACAUCCUCUCAAUGAUCUCUACCAGAGUGGGAAGAGAGUUGGCGAUGAACAGAGAGCUAGACUCACCACUGCACAGGCCUUCAAGACAAUGCUUCAAGGACUAGACAAAGAGGAAAAUCGUUCAAAGAUAAUUGUUGUUGGAACUCACAAGGACUUACUUGACGAAUGUGGUGAAAAACCAGGAGAUAAAGAUGAUAUAUUGAAAAAAAUUGCAUCACCACAUUUUGACGAUGACGUGGUUUAUUGCAAUGAAAGUAUGAAUGAUGUUUUAUUCCAGAUGAAUACGAAAACCCCAAAUGACGAAGAUAAAAAAGAGGCCGGCAAGAUUAGAACGAGCGUCCACAAAGUUGCCACCUACCACAAGAUACCAAUCUGGUGGUUUAUUCUCCAGAGAAUUCUUGAAGCCUUGGCAGAAAAAUUGAACAGAAAGGUCCUCACCAAAGAAGAAUGUGCCCACGUCUCAAAUAUUCUGGGGUUUACUGAAGGAGAGCUUGAAGCUGCACUAUCCUUUCUUGACAAACUGAACAUUUUUCUGUACAAGAAAAAGAUUCUCCCUGAUUUAAUAUUCACUGACGCUCAGGUGCCUUUGGAUAAGUUGUCGUCUCUUGUUGAAAAACAGUAUUGCUUGAAAGUGGCCGAGAAAGCACCAGAAAAAGCUAUGGACGUAGCAACAAGUGGCUGCAAGGCAUUUAGAGACAAAGGAAUUCUUACUGUCGAGUUUCUGAAGGAGUUUAAAAAGCACUAUGUGAAUGGAAUAUUCACCGCAAACCACUUUAUAACUCUACUUGAAAAGCUGCUCAUUGUUUCAAAAUUGUCAAAAACCAAAUACUUUUUUCCAGCAAUUCUGAAUUGCACCGGAGAAUCUCAAAUAAUAGACUGUCUCACCACCGCUUCAGGAAUAAUAUCGCCACUGGUGGUGUGGUUCCCCACUGGCUGGGCUCCUCCUGGUGUCUUCUGCUGCAGUGUGUGCCACCUGCAGACACAGGCUGGCUGGGAAAUCAAAAAGCCAACGAAAACGUGACAACACCGAAACACCAGUCAACUAUAUCUCACGUAAUUCUAUCACGUUCACAAAGCGUGGCAGGCUUGGCUCAGUGACAUUAAUUGACAACUUCUCAUUCUUUGCCAUCUGUGUAAACGUUGAUAUCAGAAAGAUAAGUGGUGAAAAUUUAGUCAGACACUGCAAGGCUAUCAAGUCCGAGGUGUUUGAUGCGGUCAAAGCAGGUCUACGCAACACUCACCACAUGCAGACACUUCCCCAGAGCCUGCAUUUGUCUGCCCAGCUCACCAGAAUGUAGUUAGUAGCACGGAGCUACAUGUGGCCCACAUCUCAGACACAAUGAAGUACUGGAUAUGUGAUGAGGAUACAGAUAUAUCUUCUGAUCUCUCUCCACGUCAGACUGUGUGGCUUGGUGGACCAGG